AAAAAAGUUUGAACAUUUGAACUGUCACUCCAGUUUUGUCAUCACUUCAUUCACCAUUUAUUCUUUUUUUUUCUCGUAAAUGUUUAUAAGGGAUUUAAAUGUUUAAAAGGUGUUAUAAUUGAAAAUAAUUAUAUUUAUAAUUAAAUAGUCCUUAAUAUAACUUGUGAUUUAAGUAACUGCAUCCAUUAACAAUCAUGCGUUCUAGUUGAAAAGAAGUGUUGUUAAAAACGCAAUAUGUGGUCGUUUUUCUCGCGAGAUCCUACAAAGGAUUUUCCUUAUGAAGUGGGUGAUCCAGUGCGUGGUUUAGAAGAUAAGACUGUGUGGUCUUUGCACAAGGGAAAGAAAAGGGGUACGCAAGAUGAAGUAUCGAUAUUCCUGUUCGACGUACAAAAGAAUUCGGAAACGAUGUUCGACGUAGCAAAGGCCUCACUCAAGAAACUUAAGACUAUGAGACACCCUAGCCUUUUACAUUAUUUAGAUAGCUGUGAAACUGAGAAAUUUUUAUAUGUAGCUACAGAAUAUGUAGAGCCUUUAGCUACCCACAUAGUUGAUAUGAAACUUGAAGGCCAACAAAAAGACUUGUUCUUAGCUUGGGGAAUUUUCCAAAUUACUAGAGCACUAUCAUUUUUCAAUAAUGAUGGUAACAUGAGACACAACAAUGUCUGCUUAUACUCUGUCUUUGUCACGCAAGCCGGCGAGUGGAAGCUCGGAGGUUUCGAGUUCCUCACUUCACACGGACAGGACACUUCAAACCCUAUUCCUAUGAAAAUUCUACCGGCACUUGAAAUAUAUGAUCCUCCGGAGAAAAAGGAUCCAGCCAAACUGAAGGCUGUUACAAAAUGUUCAACAGACAUGUGGGGCCUCGGUUGUCUCAUCUGGGAGGCCUUUAAUGGCCCCCUCAAAACCCAGCCAGCCCUCAAGACACUGGACUACAUUCCGAAGCAGCUGUGCACCCUGUAUUGUGAGCUAGUCAGUGCCAACCCUACUUCUCGGCCCAACCCUGCUGAUAUUAUUACGAGGUGUCGAAAAAUGGGUGGCUACUUCAAAAACGACCUUAUAGACACUAUGUUGUUUUUAGAAGAGAUCCAAAUCAAGGAUAAGAUCGAGAAGGGUCGGUUCUUCUCCACGCUCAGCUCAUACUUGGACAGCUUUCCGGACGCUGUGUGUGUCCACAAGAUACUGCCCCAGUUGUUGACAGCGUUCCAUUAUGGAGACGCGGGGUCGGCGGUGUUGGCGCCUAUGUUCAAGCUAGGUAAACUGCUGGACGAGGAAUCGUACCAAAAGCAGAUCGUGCCUUGCGUGGUAAAGUUGUUUGCGUCAAACGAUCGCACCACGCGGUCGCGGCUGCUUCAACAAUUGGACCAAUUCAUCAUGCAUCUGCAGAACACCACGGUAAACGACCAAAUUUUCCCCCAAGUGGUACACGGGUUUUUAGACACUAACCCCGUUAUACGCGAACAGACGGUCAAGUCCAUAGUGCACCUGGCGUCGAAGCUCAACUACAAUAAUCUCAAUGUGGAGGUGCUGAGGCACUUCGCGAGGCUGCAGUCUAAAGAUGACCAGGGCGGCAUAAGGACAAACACGACAGUGUGCCUAGGCAAGGUGGCGGCGCACUUACACCCCCAGAUCCGACAGAAGGUCCUCGUGUCUGCGUUCGUGCGAGCCACCCGCGACGCGUUCCCGCCCGCGCGACAGGCCGGCGUGCUAGCGCUGGCGGCUACACAGCAGUACUUCCUGUUGGCUGAGGUGGCUAACAGAGUUCUGCCGGCGUUGUGCCCUUUGACUAACGAUCCGGAGAAACAGGUCCGCGACGCAGCAUUCAGGACUAUCAAGGGCUUCCUAGGCAAGUUAGAGAAGGUUUCAGAAGAUCCAAGUCUGAAGGAAGGAAUGGAGGCUGACGUCCACACGGCCACUCCAUCCCUCAGCAACGCAGCAGCAACCAACGUGGGCUGGGCAGUGACCGCCGUCACGGCCAAGUUCUACCGCUCGCACUCGGACACGGCGCGCGCGCAACACCCCAAGUCCGUGCUGUCCAAGCCGGGCUCCCUAGGUAACUAUAACUACAGUAGCAGCAACGUGGGCUGGGCAGUGACCGCCGUCACGGCCAAGUUCUACCGCUCGCACUCGGACACGGCGCGCGCGCAACACCCCAAGUCCGUGCUGUCCAAGCCGGGCUCGCUAGGUAACUAUAACUACAGUAGCAGCAACGUGGGCUGGGCAGUGACCGCCGUCACGGCCAAGUUCUACCGCUCGCACUCGGACACGGCGCGCGCGCAACACCCCAAGUCCGUGCUGUCCAAGCCGGGCUCGCUAGGUAACUAUAACUACAGUAGCAGCAACGUGGGCUGGGCAGUGACCGCCGUCACGGCCAAGUUCUACCGCUCGCACUCGGACACGGCGCGCGCGCAACACCCCAAGUCCGUGCUGUCCAAGCCGGGCUCGCUAGGUAACUAUAACUACAGUAGCAGCAACGUGGGCUGGGCAGUGACCGCCGUCACGGCCAAGUUCUACCGCUCGCACUCGGACACGGCGCGCGCGCAACACCCCAAGUCCGUGCUGUCCAAGCCGGGCUCGCUAGGUAACUAUAACUACAGUAGCAGCAACGUGGGCUGGGCAGUGACCGCCGUCACGGCCAAGUUCUACCGCUCGCACUCGGACACGGCGCGCGCGCAACACCCCAAGUCCGUGCUGUCCAAGCCGGGCUCGCUAGGUAACUAUAACUACAGUAGCAGCAACGUGGGCUGGGCAGUGACCGCCGUCACGGCCAAGUUCUACCGCUCGCACUCGGACACGGCGCGCGCGCAACACCCCAAGUCCGUGCUGUCCAAGCCGGGCUCGCUAGGUAACUAUAACUACAGUAGCAGCAACGUGGGCUGGGCAGUGACCGCCGUCACGGCCAAGUUCUACCGCUCGCACUCGGACACGGCGCGCGCGCAGCACCCCAAGUCCGUGCUGUCCAAGCCGGGCUCGCUAGAGCAACCGUCAUCGUCAAGCAUGUCGACUACAACUUCGUCGGUGACAUCUAUGACGUCACUGGAGCACAGCGAGUCCGCGUCCGACUACGACCCCGACCACUGGGACAUGUCGGCGUGGGGCGAGAUCGACUCCAGCGCGGGCACGGGAGCGAGCGCCAAGUCACCAGCUAGCAGCGGCAGCGCGGCGGCCGCGGCGCCGCUCAACACGCUGUGCGAAGACGACUGGGACAACGGCGAGUGGGGCACGUUACAGGAACAACCCUCGGCAGAGGCCGAACUGGUCAGUCCCUCGGAAACUUGGAACAAUUCCUCGUGGAUAGAACCUGCCGUCAACAACGCUAACGCUACAUACGUGCGCCCCGCGCUGCAACACAAGGAGCACCGGCUCGCGGCGCAGCAGAACAGCAACGACUCGCUCGGUGGUUGGGAGGACGGGGAGUUUGAGCCGAUCGAGGAGAACGCUGACGAAAACAACGCCUCAAAAAUGGACGAGAUACGACGAAAGCGUGAAGAGCGCAAACUACAGCGACAGAGAGAGAUGGAAGCUCGGCGCAGCGCGAGAGGGCAGGGACCCAUGAAACUUGCCACUAAACUCGCGGCGCCGCCACCGCCGUUCUAAAUACAAGUAUACUA